CUUCCCCUGCUAGACUCAGCUGCUACUGACAUUUGAUGACAUGAAUGUUUCUGAUUCAUAUAGAGGUUCUGCUCAUAUAGUCUGACGCAGUGUCUGUGAGGUGGUUCAUUAGUAAAAUCCAAGGCAAUGACCUCUGACCUCCCAGCUCUCACUGAAGUGGAGGCCUCUAAACCUGCUGCUGCCACAGCAGAGCACAGCAGCACCAUCCGAACCCAGAGCCUUCCAGAAACCAGCAGCGCCACUAUGCUGGACAUACGAAACCCACUGUCCCUGGACUCUCCUUCUCCUCUAACGCCUCCUCCUCCUCCUCCUCCGCCGCCACCGCCUCCUGCUGCCGCAGACAGCCCUGACCUCCCACCUCCGUCACCUCCGGUCCUGCCUCCGCCCCUGCCGUCGUCCAAACCUUCGUCCACUUCCAGCCCUCCUCCCCCGACGCCACCUCCUGCCGAGAGCCCCCAGCGCCCGACCACCCUCAACCUAAAGACACUGCCGCGGCCCACCGUGAGGGAGAACGGAGGCCCACCGGUCGGGGUGGAUGAGGAUGAGGAGGAGAGGAAGAUGCUGGAGGAAGAUCUGAAGAAAUGUAUUGAGGAUUUCAAAAAGAUCCGCCUGCCCAGAGUGUUUCCGGAUCGCAAAAGGCACUGGCAAAGUGACUUGCUCAAGAAGUAUGAUGCGUAGAAAGCAACACAGUGAACAGACUUGACAAGGAUUUUAUAACUGACGAGAACAUGUUGUGAGCAGUGGACUCCAGCUUUAUAUUCACAGCAAAUUUACUUAAACCUCUAAUGUGGUAGCUUUUGCAUGUCAACAAAACAAAAUUGAUGAAGUGUAGUGCUUAGGCUGAGUCUAGCAAUCACACAUGCAAGAUUAAAACACUAGGAUUUGUCUUUUCCCAUCAUAGAAAACAACACCCUUUUAGAAAUUAUAAGUGACACUUCUUUGUUCCACACAGCCAUUUGGAAACAUAUUUUGAAUCAUCUUCUUUUCACUCACUCAGGAUAAUAUGUAAUGUCAUUAAUUAGAGAUUUCUGCCCUGCUUUCUGUGACGUGUCCACUGAUCAAGCAACUGGAAAAUGUAAGCUAAGUGUGAAAUUUUAGGCAUUUGACCUUGCUGAUGCAAAAUAAAAGAAAAAAGCCAAAUCUCCGGUGCUAAUCAUCUAAACUAUUCCAUCUCAUCAAUAUUAACCGUGUGACUUCAAAGCCUUUCUUCUCCUCCCUGCCUGUGAUUCAAAAGCGCUGCAGUUUGGCUCAUUUUGUGAUUACAUUAUCUUGAAGCUAUGGAAAGGAUUCAGAGCGAGAAUGUGGUGUACCAGGAAGCGAAGUGGGUAAUUACAGACAGCCAGCAUGUGGAAUAAUAAUGACAAUAAUGGCUACAUGAAUCAAU